AUGAAUAAGAUGAAACGGACAAUCGACAAAUUCACAUCGAAAUUGGCUUCAAGAUAUCAUAAGAUCCUUCGUGUUCAAGCUGAAGGCAUGUACGGAAAAUGUGUGUGCUAUAUUGAAAAGAGUUCACGAUUGUCGGCGGAAUCUGGCCGAUUGCGUGUAUACAAGAUUGAGAUAAUAUUUUCGGAUCUUCUGCCUGUUAUGAAACAGGAUAUGGAGUAUGGUAUUGAGUUUUUUCAGAGACGCGCGAGCUCGGAAGGAUAUAUGUUCAAUAUCGAAGCGCACCUUAUGAGGCACAAUUCAAAGACUUCGAAGCCGAUCACUCUUGCGUCGCAGCCACCAGGAGUAAGUGAUGAAAAGGUUCAGAUGGAAGCUCGCACAUCUUGGCAUCUUGCCUCUGGGGAAUUGAGCGCUACAUUUGGAUUCAACCUCCGGAUCUCCAACCAAGAACCAGAAAUACUUCAAGAAGCCUCUGGGCAUCACAACAACGGUUGUGAUGUAGAUACGAACAAAAAGAAACCGACAAUCCUCUUCUCAGCUCAUGGAAAGAGUAUUAGGCUAUAA